CUGUAAAUUGAGAAACUAAUUAACAGCCUGGAGAGAGCUGUUUGGCGCUGCACUUAAAGAGCUUCAACUGAGAAGGGUCUCCAAUGGUGGCAUUGCUCUAAUCUCAAACUGGGUUUCCUCUUUCUCCGCUUCACAACCAUACCCAUUUCGUUUCACUCCAUAUCACAACCAUUUACCUUUCUCUUUCUGAGGUAAGGCUACCAAAAAACCUUUGAUACAAAGCUUUUAAUACAUCAAUCUAUGGACCAUAUUUUAGCAGAAUUUCCAUUUUUACUGUCUUGGUGCUCUUGUAUGUUGUCUGUCAUAGAAGCUAUUCGGGUUAGACAUUGCUUUAGAUAGCUAUAGUGUUUUAGAUACAAGGCUUUCUGGGCAUGUGUUUUGGGGACUUGGGUUUGCAAUUGAGGGCUUCUUUGUGGUAAGUUUUUGGUAUUGUUGUUUUUAGAAUUGGAGGAAGUGGGGGGCAUUGGGCAAUUAUUGUUUUCUUUGUUUUUGAGGGUUUUGGUGGCCAAAAAUGGUAAAGAUGAAGCUAGUGAAAUGGGUGCCUCUAGUUCUACAUGUUUUGUUUGUUUUUAUGUUUCUUGAAUCCUCUGCCUUGUUCAUCCCUGUUGAUAGUUACUUGAUUGUAUGUGGAUCUUCACAAAAUGUUAGCUUCCUAGGUCAGACUUACAUUCCUGAUUCAUUGCAGUCUUUAUUAGCAUUGAAAACUCUAGGCAAUUCCAUUGUUGCUACCUCCAAUUCUAGUGUCCCUUCUUCUGUCUAUCAAUCUGCUAGAAUUUUCUGGAGUACAGCGUCUUACAAAUUCGAUAUCAAGCAACUAGGUAGGCACUGGGUCCGCCUCUAUUUUUACCCUCUUCCGGACUCCCACCACAACUUAACUUUUGCCUCGAUUACUGUAGUCACCGGAAAUUUUGUGCUCUUGAACAACUUCACUUUCAAGAACCACAAGGGUUCUUAUCUAUUUAAGGAGUAUGCGGUCAAUGUAACUUCGGAAAACUUGGUCCUUACUUUCAUCCCUUCCAACAAUUCGGUUGUGUUUGUUAAUGCCAUUGAAGUUGUCUCUAUCCCGGAUGAGUUGCUCCCUGAUCAGGCACCAGCUUUACCCCCCUUCGUCCCUUUUAGCGGCCUUUCAGACUAUGUUUUUGAAACUGUUUACCGAUUGAACAUGGGUGGUCCAUUGCUCACUGCGCAGAAUGAUACGUUGGGUAGAACUUGGGAGAAUGACGCCAAAUACCUCUACAUGAACAACUCUGCUGUAAAUGUUUCAGUUAGCCCAGCAAACAUCAAAUAUAAAGCUCCUGUCACACCUGAAAUCGCACCAAAUUCUGUUUAUGCCACAGCUGAAACCAUGGGAGAUGCCAAUGUAAACAAUAUGAACUUCAACAUAACUUGGGUCCUCCCUGUCGAUCCAAAUUCCACCUAUUUUGUCAGAGUACAUUUCUGCGAUAUUGUGGGCAAGUCCAUGUACGAUCUUUUGUUUAAUCUAUACAUAAACUCUGAUAUUGCUCUUGGGAGUCUUGACCUAUCAACUGACACAGGUGGCUUGAGUGUUCCUGUCUACAAAGAUUUUGUUUCCAAUCUUUCCUCCGAUUCACACACUUUGACCGUUAGUGUUGGUCCAGAUAUAAAGGCUGACAACAUAAAUGCAACCAUGAAUGGUUUGGAGAUCAUGAAGAUUAGUAAUGAAGCUAGAAAUUUGGGUAUCUUCCUGGUUUCACCCUCAAAACAUAACAAGAUAGGCAUCGUAGUCGGUUCCAUUGCAGGAGCUUUAGCUGCAGUGGCAUUUAUUGGUUUCUGUUAUUGCUGCUUGGUAUCCCACAAGUCAAAGACUACUCAUCAAGGGCGCACAUGGCGCCCUUUGCCCUUAUAUGGAAACUCUCAAACCAUGACAAAAAUGUCUGCAACUUCUCAAAAGAGCGAAACGGCUAGCUGCAUCUCAUUAACUUCCUCCAAUCUUGGCCGGUUCUUCACAUUCCAAGAGAUAAUGGAUGCAACUAACAAAUUUGAUGAGAGUUUGCUUCUUGGAGUUGGCGGUUUUGGUAGGGUCUACACAGGUACCAUGGAAGACGGGACUAAAGUUGCUGUUAAGAGAGGAAACCCAAGAUCUGAACAAGGUCUUGCGGAAUUUCGAACUGAGAUUGAAAUGUUGUCCAAGCUCCGCCACCGUCACUUGGUCUCUCUUAUUGGCUAUUGUGACGACCGGUCAGAAAUGAUUCUGGUUUAUGAGUACAUGGCAAAUGGGCCUCUCAGGAGCCAUCUUUAUGGAACAGAUCUCCCUUCUCUCUCAUGGAAGCAGCGGCUUGAGAUUUGUAUUGGGGCUGCUAGGGGUCUUCAUUAUCUACACACAGGGGCAGCUCAAAGUAUUAUUCACCGAGAUGUGAAGACAACGAACAUACUCUUGGAUGAGAAUUUGGUAGCCAAAGUUGCUGAUUUUGGUCUAUCUAAAGCAGGUCCAGCUCUGGAUCAGACCCAUGUAAGUACUGCUGUGAAGGGUAGUUUUGGGUACCUUGAUCCUGAAUACUUCAGAAGGCAACAACUUACUGAGAAAUCAGAUGUGUAUUCAUUUGGGGUGGUUCUAAUGGAAGUUCUCUGCACAAGACCGGCUUUAAACCCCGUUCUCCCUAGAGAUCAAGUUAAUAUUGCAGAAUGGGCAAUGAAUUGGCAAAAGAAAGGGAUGUUGGAUCAAAUCAUAGAUUCAAAUCUAGUGGGAAAGGUAAAUCCAGCUUCACUUAAGAAGUUUGGAGAGACAGCAGAGAAAUGCCUGGCUGAGUACGGGGUGGACAGGCCAUCAAUGGGUGAUGUUUUGUGGAAUCUAGAGUACGCUCUACAGCUGGAGGAAACAUCGUCAGCUCUCAUGGAACCUGAAGAUAACAGCACAAAUCAUAUCCCAGGCAUUCCAUUGACUCCACUUGAGCCAUUUGAUUACAGUGUCAGUAUGGUUGAUGAGGUGAUUUCUGGCACUGAUGAUGAUGCAGAAGAUCCUACCACAAGUGCUGUUUUCUCGCAGCUGGUAAAUCCCCAUGGAAGAUGAGGAGUAUAUGUCAUGUUUAUGAUCUUUGCCAUUGGAUGUCCUGCAAAAAGAUUGGUCAUCCUGGCCUCAAGACUGAUUUGACAUCUCCCAAGGGAAGGUUGUUCCUUUUUUUUUUUUGUCCCCUUCUUACUUCCUUUUAAUCUGGGUUUAUACCUUUUUAUUUUCUUCUUUUGAUGAUAAUAUUAUUGCCUAUGUACUAUAGUUGAUUGGUGGGAGCCAAUGAAUCCAUCAAAAUACCACAGAAUUUAAUAUUGUUUUGAUCCCGAUCAAUGCAAGUGUUUGUUAACUUCCCA